GGUGCUCUGACAGGCGCAUGCGCAGUGGGCGUCUCAGCGGGUUGGUCGAGUCUAGUGUUUACAGCUCGGCUGGAUGCUGCUGGCUGCUGAUGUUAUUGGGGAAAGUGCAAUGUUGUGCCAACCUCCAUUGGAACAAAUACAUCCGUGGGAAUAAAGGUGAUUUUGCUCAUCAUCUCCCACCACUUUCUCCUCCCGUCUUCCAUUCAUGAGCAGCGUGGCUGAGUUAAACAGCGGCAGCCAUGGAUGACAAGGGCUCGGUGGGGAAGAUUAGCGUGUCUUCGGACUCAGUGUCCACUCUCAACAGUGAGGACUUUGUCCUCGUGUCCCGGCUGGGGGACGAGACACCCUCCUCCACUAAUAAUGGUAGUGAUGACGAAAAGACAGGACUGAAGGUGAUUUCUGAGGAAGGGGUCAGCUUUAAGAUUGUGGGGAAUGGAAGUGAGCAGCAACUCCAGAGGGAGUUAGAGGAUGUCCUCAUGGACCCAUCGGUAGCCGACACUGGGCUCAGAUCAGAAACCGGAAUGGACAGCCUCGGCGGGGGCGACCAUGGCCCACUUCCCACCACAGCGUCACCCGUGCCGCCAGGCUCUGACCCUCUGAGCGCUGCGCCACCCAAGCUGGAGAUGGUGCUUCCCGUUCAGACGGCUCAGGAGAGUGAGCUGAAUGAGAGGUCGUAUCGAGCAGACGAAUCAUCAUCAGAGGGCAGUCCCUGCAGUCCCAUCCCAGACGAGGACAGCGUUGUGUUCAGCCAGCUGACAUAUCUGGGGUGUGCCUCGGUCAACGCCCCCCGCAGUGAGGUGGAGGCCCUCCGUAUGAUGAGUAUCCUCAGAGGGCAAUGCCAACUCCCCCUGGAUGUCACACUGUCUGUGCCAGGCGUGUCCGAAGGCACUGUCAGGUUGCUGGACCCCAACGCCAGCACAGAGAUCGCCAACUACCCAAUCUACAAGAUUCUGUUCUGUGUGCGAGGCCAUGAUGGCACACCAGAGAGCGACUGCUUUGCCUUCACUGAGAGCCACUACAACGCCGAGAUCUUCAGGAUCCAUGUGUUCCGCUGCCAAAUCCAAGAAGCGGUGAGUAGGAUACUGUACAGCUUUGCCACUGCUUUUCGGCGGUCAGCUAAGAAGGCAGUUCUGUCAUCUCAGCAGCCUGCUCCGCUCACCCCUGACAGUGACUUGUUUACCUUCACUGUCAGCCUGGAAAUCAGGGAGGAUGAUGGCAAGGGUACUUUCAGUGCUGUAGCGAAAGACAAGGACAAGCAGAGCUUCAAGCUGCGUGCAGGAAUGGACAAGAAAAUUGUCAUCUAUGUCCAGCAGACCUCCAAUAAAGAACUGGCUAUUGAGAGGUGUUUCGGUCUCCUGCUCAGCCCAGGGAAAAAUGUGAAGAACAGCGACAUGCACCUGCUAGAUCUGGAGUCAAUGGGAAAAAGCUCCGACGGGAAGUCUUACAUCAUCACAGGAAGUUGGAACCCCAACACGCCUCAGUUCCAGCCUGUGAAUGAGGAAACACCCAAAGAUAAGUUCAUGUACAUGACGACAGCGGUGGACCUGGUGAUCACAGAGGUGGAGGAGCCUGUCCGUUUUCUGCUGGAGACCAGGGUCAGAGUCUGCUCCCCAAAUGACAGGCUGUUCUGGCCCUUCAGCAAGCGUAACUACACUGAGACCUUCUACCUUAAACUACGACAGAUGGAGCGUAAGGAGCGUAAGAGUCCUGCCUCUGACACACUUUACGAGGUGGUGAGUUUGGAAAGCGAGACUGAGAGAGAGAAACGGAAGACCACAGCCAGUCCCGGCAUCGUGCCCAGCGGGACUGGUACCACGGUCCCUUCCCCACCUGAGGAUGAUGAAGAGGAAGAUAAUGACGAGCCAUUACUCAGCGGGUCAGGUGACGUUUCCAAGGAGUGUGCAGAGAAGAUCCUGGAGACCUGGGGGGACUUGUUAUCCAAGUGGCAUAUGAACUUAUCAGUGCGUCCCAGGCAGCUACCAGCUCUGGUGCGGAGUGGCAUUCCCGAGGCUCUCCGUGGGGAGGUGUGGCAGCUCCUGGCAGGCUGCCAUAACAAUGACCACCAGGUUGAAGAGUACCGCACUCUUAUUACAAAGGAGUCCCCUCAGGACAGCGCCAUCACCAGGGACAUUAACAGGACAUUUCCAGCUCAUGACUACUUCAAAGACACUGGAGGAGAUGGACAAGACUCCCUCUACAAGAUCUGCAAGGCGUACUCCGUUUACGACGAGGAGAUUGGCUACUGCCAGGGACAAUCCUUCUUGGCUGCUGUGCUGCUGCUGCACAUGCCGGAGGAGCAAGCCUUCAGCGUGCUGGUCAAGAUCAUGUUUGAUUACGGGCUCAGGGACCUUUUCAAGCAGAACUUUGAAGAUCUGCAUUGCAAGUUCUUCCAACUUGAGAGACUCAUGCAGGAAUACAUACCAGACCUGUACAACCAUUUCCUGAACGUGGGUCUGGAGGCUCAUAUGUACGCCUCUCAGUGGUUCCUCACCCUCUUCACAGCCAAGUUCCCUCUUUACAUGGUCUUCCAUAUCAUUGACCUGCUACUGUGUGAGGGCAUCAGUGUGAUCUUCAAUGUGGCCUUGGCACUUCUGAAGACAUCCAAAGACGAUCUGAUCCAAACAGACUUCGAGGGUGCGCUCAAAUUCUUUCGCGUCCCGGUUCCGAAGAGGUACCGCUCCGAGGAAAACGCAAAGAAACUGAUGGAGCUGGCCUGUAGCAUGAAGCAGAUCAGCCAGAAGAAGCUGAAGAAAUUCGAGAAGGAGUAUCACACCCUGAGGGAGCAGCAGGAGCAACAGGAGGCCCCCAUCGAGAGAUAUGAGAGGGAGAACCGUCGCUUGCAAGAGGCUAACAUGCGUUUGGAGCAGGAGAACGACGACCUGGCACACGAACUAGUCAGCAGCAAGAUAGCCCUACGCAAAGACCUCGACAACGCUGAGGAGAAGGCAGACGCCCUGAAUAAAGAGUUGCUGCUGACCAAACAGAAACUGGUGGACUCUGAGGACGAGAAGAGACGACUGGAGGAAGAAUCCGCACAGCUGAAGGAGAUGUGCCGACGAGAGCUUGACAAGUCUGAAUCGGAGAUAAAGAAGAAUGGCUCCAUUAUUGGAGAAUAUAAGCAGAUCUGCUCUCAGCUGAGUGAACGACUGGAGAAACAACAGACAGCCAACCGAGGAGAACUGGAGAAAAUUCGGUCCAAAGUGGAAGGCUGUGAGAAGUGCAGUAGUCUUUUCAACAAAGAAGGUCGUGUGCGGGUCGUGACCAAAGCAUCUGUUGGGGGGUCUGAGGAGACAGAUGAGGAGAAGGAGGAUUUGAAGAACCAGCUGAGAGAGAUGGAGCUGGAACUAGCCCAGACCAAACUGCAGCUGGUUGAGGCUGAGUGCAAAAUCCAGGACCUGGAGCACCACCUGGGUCUGGCCCUAAACGAAGUGCAGGCCGCCAAGAAGACCUGGUUCAACCGAACGCUCAGCUCCAUCAAGACAGUCACUGGGACCCAGGGCAAGGAGACCACCUAACCUGAUAACCCCCAUCAUCCAGUUUUACCCAGACCAUGUCUGGAGCUCAGUGCAACUCACCACGCUGAAACCUCUGGACGCCUAACUUAACCCACCGGGCCAUAACUUUAACUUGAACAUUGACCGUUAAAUCCCAGGAUGACCAUUACUACAUACUGUGUUACUUGUUCGUCUUAUCAAGAAUGUCCUUUUUGUUCCCACUGCUCCUGAUCUAAUCACCCCCAUCCAUUUAUUCUUCUUCUCCUCCACCCCGAAUGACUACAGCCAAAUGUGCUGAUGAGAAGGGGUUGAAAAACAUGCGAUGAAGUGCAACGCUACCACUUUCUCCAGAGACACAAUGUGCUUCCACCGGUCACAGAAAGUGUAAAAAAGAAAUGCUUCAUUUAUUUCUGUCUUUGUACUGCUGAUAUUAAAGAACCGCAGAAGGAAGGUAGGACAUCUGAACUGUUACUGUCCCGACGGGAUAGAGAAGAAAAACACUCCGUCCUUCCUUACUGUCCUGCGUGCUCCCCUCUAAACUACUGGCACAAAGCAACCAGUCCCUGUAAAAUCUUUGUUUUAGGUACGAGAGCUAAUAGAGACGCCUUUUCAAAACUGAGCUUUUUCUAAUUUACGUUGAACAACAUCUUUCUUUUUCUAUGUAUGUUCAUGAAUGUGCUUAUGUAAUGAGCAUAUGUGUGUGUGUGUGUGUAAGCACGCAUGUUUUUUUGUUUUGUGUUGACUGUGAGGUGUGUGUGUGUUCAUAUGUGUGAGACUGAAAAAAUGUGUUUGAAUGCUUAAAUAAUUGACUGAAAUAAUGUUGAAGUGUGUGUAUAAAAGAGAGAGACGGCGUGUGGAAGUCCAAGGGAAAGAAAAAAGCACUAAGGUUAUGAGUGUGUGCAUGCAUGUAAGGGGGGAAAAAAUGUUUUCCCUUGUUGUCUAGUUUCCUUUAAUGUUCAAAUGUGUAUAUGAAUGAUGCUAAAGAAAAGUUUGCUGACAAAGCCUUGAUAUGAAGGUCGAUAAAGAUGAUGCUAACGGAUAUGAAUAUAUAAAAACUUUCCUGACGUCAAAUUUCAAACUUAAAACAUGGUUGAGGUUUGUUUGGUUUGGAUGUCCCAGCACAAAGAAACUAAAAAAAGCUCCAAACCAUGCAAACCUCUCUGCAUGUAUUAUACAGUAAAGUGUAUAAAUGUUAGAACACUGUUAAAACCCCAGAGUGGUGCAAUGCUCGUUACAAACUAUAAUCAUCGCUUAGGAGAAGUGUAAAGUCAAAAUGGAAAGCACACACACACACAACGUUGUAAUCCCUGCUGCACUUGAACACACCUUUUAAACCCCCGUCCCUACUCUGGCGCCAGCUGCUCUAUGAUCUUUGACCUCUGACCUUGACUGGUAAGGUCAUGUUUGAUACUUUGCUGAGCAGGCUGGCAGGCCUUGUGUUUAUUUUUAACACUUGAGUCAGACCUUUUGAGUCUCAUUUACACACAAACACUGAAGUACACUGUUCAUCUUAUAUACAAAUGGGUACAGAACAACACUCAGUGGCCACUUCAUUAGGGACACCUGCUUAUUAAAGGUCAUCUAUGUGAGAAACAUGCAGACAAGGUCAAGACGUUUGGUUAUUUUAUAGCAAAAACAAUAAAAGGGCAGAAUUGGCAUUAAAAAGGUGUUUUUUUCUUAGCGUCAGGUGCAUCUCUUCCUUGCCGCGUGAAAGCGCUCAUCACCGCAAGAUAGAUUCAGUAACAUGACAGAAACUUGUGUUUACUCCGGCUGCCUGCACUCGGCUCAGUAGGAGCACCUUCGGGAUGAGGUGGAACAAGAUAACCACAACACAAGCGUCUCACAGCUUCCAGCAAUCUGCAGGAAUUGAUCGACUUUAUCGAACCAGCGUGGAGCAAAAUCCCUGUGAAAUACUUUUAACACUUUGAUGAAUUCAUGCCUCAAAUAAUUCAAUGUGUCCAGGAACUAAAAGCAGAAGUGGCCCAGUACUGAGAGGGUUGAAAUAUUGAAGUGGCCACCGAGUGUUAAAAAAAGUCACAUAAACAAAGACACUUGUCAACUACCAGAAGUGAAACUCUGCACCUUAAGUGUCUAUCAGUAUCACAGGAGUUAGACUAUCAGCAGCAGGACUUCAGAGGGAUGUCAACAGAGGUCAAAGCAGGGGUCAAACUGACAUGCACUCUAAAUCAGUCCAGAGGGGAUGGGGGGGUUCAAAAGUGCUUGUGUGUGUUUUCAUAUUUAACUGACUAGAAAGGGGGGUCAACAACCAAUUUCUCUUCAUACUUUACUGAUCAGAUUAGACUGAAGAAGAAAACAAAUUCAGAGAAAGCUCUAUUUCUUUAGCCAGCCUAAAAUGAGCAGUUACUGUAUAUUGCAUCAAACUUGAAAGUGGAAUCUGAUUGGCUGAAAUCUACUGGUGAUGUCAGAGGAAAGGUCCUGAUGAAGUUGAAAGAAACAAAGGGCCGUUCCUCUAAAGGCACUGGGUUGUAUAUAACAAACAUUAAAAAAAA